CCUGUUUUGAUCCGUAAGCAACCUGCCAGUAUAGACUGGCAUUGGAGCCCAAGGCCAGGAAAAUGCCAGGGGUUACCCAAUGUGAAAGUCAAACUGUCCUGGCCAAAGCCAGUCCCACCAGAAAGAACCGCCUAUCUCUGCGCUUCUUCCAGAAGAAGGAAACGAAGAGGACUUUAGACUUUGCUGAAACGCCACAAGCUGAAAGCCAGAACGUGGAGGAGAAAGAGCCAGAAGCCUCUGAUCAAGUAGUGCCUGCUGCUCAGUUGUCCCCUCCUCCUGUCUGCUGCGUGAAGAAAGAAGGCCUAGUUCCAUUUGUAGGGUUCAGUAACCUUGGCAACACAUGCUACCUUAACAGCGUUCUUCAGGUUUUAUGUUACUGCCCCAGAUUUAAAAGUGGAAUUAAACAUUUGUGUGAUGUCAUUUCCAAGAAGAGGGAGACCUUCAAGGAUGACAAAGAACACACACUUGAAAAGGAUAGUGUGAAGGAAGACUUGCCAGCCAGCUACGACGUUAUCUGCAGCCUAAGCUCUCUGGUUCACUCUGCUGAACACCUACAGCUUAACUUCCUAUUGAAUCCAGAAAAUUAUGACAGUGAACUUGCUGCUCAGCCAAGGAGACUCCUUGGUACAUUAAGAGAGCUUAAUCCCAUGUAUGAAGGAUAUCUUCAGCAUGAUGCACAGGAGGUCUUGCAGUGCAUAUUGGGAAACAUACAAGAAGCUUGUCAGGCUCUCAAAAAGGAGAUGAAAAGCUUAAAAGUGCCAGAUGCAGCCAAACCGCAGCCUGAAAAAGGACCCAAUCCUGGUGAGUCCCCAGCUGUCACCAUGGAGAAGCUUCAGGAUGAUUCUUCAUGUGCAGGGACUGAUGCCGAAACAAAUGCAAGUGGAAAACGCAAGAAUGAGACCGAAGUUGGUAAUGCAAAGAAAAGGACAAAGAUAUCGAAAGAGCCACCUCCGGAGGAGCAGAGGGUGACCAGAUCUAAGAGGAAGCCUGAUAAACAAGAUGACAAGGUGGCUGGUUCUAAAACUAGUGCUGAGAGUUCUGCUUCCAAUCCUACUCAUAAGAAAUCCAGAUUAGGCCUGAACUGGCUGAAGUCUGGCAAACAACCUAGUAUUCUAUCCAAGUUCUGUAACUUAAGUAGAAGCUCCAGCACCUCACCUAAAAGUCCUCCAGCUGAGCACCAUACCCAAAGUAUAAAUCCAGAGGCUGGGAGGACAGUUAGUGAGGAGCCAGUGAAGGAUAAUGAUGACCACAAGCAAGGGGAUUGCAAAGAUACGGAGACGUCACAGAAUGAGUCAACGGAGUUUGAUCUAGUGGAGAAGUUGUUCCAGGGCCAACUGGUGCUGCGGACCCGCUGCCUUGAGUGCGAGUGUUUCACUGAGAGGAGGGAAGACUUCCAGGAUAUCAGUGUGCCCGUGCAAGAGAAUGAUCCCCCCAAACUGGAGGAGAGCUCAGACAUCUCUCCCGAUCCCAGAAUGGAAAUCAAGACCUUGAAAUGGGCCAUAUCCCAGUUUGCAUCAGUGGAGAGAAUUGUUGGAGAGGAUAAAUAUUUCUGUGAAAAUUGCCAUCAUUACACAGAAGCGGAGAGAAGCCUUUUGUUUGACAAGAUCCCGGAAAUAGUAACGAUCCAUCUCAAGUGCUUUGCUGCCAACAGCUCGGAGUUUGACUCUUAUGGCGGCCUUUCUAAAGUGAACACACCGUUGUUAACGCCUUUGCAACUGUCUUUGGAAGAGUGGAGUACCAAACCGUCCAAGGAUCUCUACGGUCUGUUUGGGGUAGUAAUGCACAGCGGAGUGACGAUAAGCAGUGGCCAUUAUACCGCCUAUGUAAAACUUGAUGACCUCCAGAACUUCGAACUCGACCAGAUCAAAUCCCCCAGCACCCACCACAACGUCAUUAAGACCGAACCUUUAUCGCAGGAUGUCCAAGCCUCUGACGAAAACCACGACGGUGAAAUUUCAUUUCGAGCCAGCACCAGCGUACCAUCGAGUAGUAAAGUAAAUAAGAAGGGUUCUGAUGCGGUUGGCCUUCUCGGCGGACAGAAAAGUAAAUCUGACUUUGAGCAGCUACCGACGGCCAAAACGCCAAAAACUGAGCGAGUUUCCAGCUGUCUAUCAGACGAUAAAGGAUUGUCCGAUGCCAAUGGCGACCUGCAUUCUGACAGCGAGCAGAAAGUACAGUCUAUCUCAGACGGACUCUGCUCUAGUAAAUCUGCUGCACACUUGUUACAUAUUCUAAAGGAGUACGAGGGCAAAUGGCUGCUCUUCGAUGACUCGGAAGUGAAAGUCACAGAAGAAAGGGACUUUCUCACUACAAUUUCCCCCUCCACUCAGUCCACGUCUACUCCCUAUCUCCUUUUCUACAGAAGACUAACGGAGUAGCAUCUGCUGCGUACACUCUGCACCUUGUAUAUUAUGUAAAGUCUUCCACGAUGGGGGCGGUGUGUAAUAUAUUUGUAUUUUGUAUAUAACAAAUCUUAUUGGAUUGACAAGUCACAGUUUCACCAAAAAAACCUGUGGACCUUUUAUCUGUGUUGAGCGGUUUUGUUUGUAUAUAGAGUAUAUGACUUUUCUUGUACAUUUCCCCCCCCAGACACUUAUUACACUUGAUGAUCAUUUUCUAGCUUUUUUUUCCUUUUUGAAAUAAAGUUCCUAUCCAAAAUCCAAUGGUCCUGUCACAGGACAGCGGCCAUUCCAGGGAAAUUUAUUUUUUAAUUAAAACUGGGAGGUGAAGGUCAUGGACGGUAGCUUGAUGAAAGCUACUUUACAAACAAGCAAUAAUGUAUAGGCUUUAUAAACCUAUUUAUUAACAAAUCUAUAGACUUCUGUAUGUUGUACAGACUGAGAAUCUUAGAGCUUAU